UCAGCUUUGUGAGAAGAUCACGCCGAGAGACAAAUACGACGAAAACAGCGUCCUUUUAGAAGUCACAUCUGGCAGGACGACGGGAGGCGACAUUUGCCAGCAAUUCACGAGAGAAGUCUUCGACAUGUACCAGAAUUACGCAGAAUACAAAGGCUGGACUUUUGAAAUGACCAAGUACUGCCGAGCUGAGACGGGGGGGCUCCACCAUGCAGCGGCUCGGAUCUUGGGAAGCCACGUCUACAAACGCUUGAAGUUUGAAGGAGGAACCCACCGGGUCCAGCGGAUCCCUCAGACUGGAUUGUCUUCGAGAAUGCAGCGGAUCCACACUGGCACCAUGACGGUCAUCGUCCUCCCUCUGUCUGAGGAGGUAGAGAUAAAAAUCAACCCCAGUGAUUUACGGAUUGAUACAUUUCGAGCCAAAGGUGCUGGAGGGCAGCAUGUUAAUAAAACAGACAGUGCGGUUAGAGUUGUACACCUCCCUACAGGGAUCAUGGUGGAAUGCCAGCAGGACCGAUCCCAGUUAACAAAUAAGGAAACAGCGUUGCAAACCCUGAGAGAGAAGCUCUACCUACAGACGGUCAUGAAAGACAUAAAUGAACAGCAAAGUACAAGGAAACUGCAGUUAGGGUCAAGAUCCCAGUCAGAGAGAAUUCGCACGUACAACUUCAACCAAGAUCGGGUGACUGACCAUAGGAUCUCUUAUGAAGUCCGCGAUAUCAAGGAAUUUCUAAAUGGCAAAGAACAUCUGGAUAAUCUAAUCAGCAGCCUGCUGGAGGCUUCGCAGAUGAAACUUCUGGCUGAGCAGUUGGAAAACAAUUUGAAAUCUCUGCCGGCAGGCUCUUGAAUGGAUGAAUGAACUUUUU